AUGGCGGAAACAACCUACAUCGAGCCGCCUGAGAUCGACGACCUCGGUCUUUUUGCUUGGGCGCCGGAAGCGGAGCGCCAGUCGGCAAAUUUCGCCGCGGCCAUGGCCGCCGGCGGCCUGGAGCCGGUCUGUUACCGAGGUCGCUUUGCGCGCGUAUUAUACGUCGCCGACGACGGAAAGCUCUGCGUCCGAUUCAUCAACGAAAAAGGAGAGGACCUCGCUGGAUUCUACAACACGAAGAUGGUGCUGAGGGGCGACGUGACGAGGGUCGACGAACUCGGCCGAGCGCUCUCCGAUGAUCAUUCGAUUUACACCCAUACUACCGCACCCCCGGCGACGACGGCACCGCUGCCCGACGGGCCGCCGCCUCCCUCGUGUGACGACUGCCCGCGCCGCAGCGGCGCGUCGCGGCCGCCGCUCGCCGAGAACAAGGCGCCGCCCGGCUCGACGAAGCGCAGCGUGCCGGUCGUAUCCAAGAAGAGCCCGGCGCGCCGGCCGCCGCCGGCCAAAGUCUCGCGCACGUCGGACGCCGCGCGCGACGCGACGGUCCUCAACUUCGACGACGCCGCCGCGGCGCCGUCGACCGGCCCGCCGCGGCCCCAGUCGCCGACGCCGGACGCCAGACAACCACCGCCGGCCGCGCCGACGCACCAGCUGCCGCCGCAGCCGCGACCGCCGGUGUCGCCAUUGUUAGCCCUUCAGAAGCGUGAAGCUGCUCUAGUCCUCGAAUUCGUCGGGUUCGCCUCGUCGGUCGCGCACACGUGCAAAACGGCCCACGGCCACAUGACGGAGUUCCGACACGAGCUCAUCAACGAAGACGUCAAAUAUCACGUCGAUCCAAGUAACCCGCGCGCGAUGGACCACACUCGGCAGGGCAUGUACAAUGGAGAUGAUAUCGUGGCGCCGCUGCGAGUCGAAGCGCAUGUCCGGGCGCUCCUCGAGAGAAACGCCCACUAUUCGACCAUCGCAUGCGCGAGCGCGGAGGCCAUGCGUUAGCUGGGCGUGCCGCGAAAGGGUGGAAAGGAGUGGGAACGAAGGUACGUCACGGAGCACUACGAGUCUCUCCAGUCGAACCAAACGCCCCUGACCAAACCCGAGAAGCGCAUGAUAGUCGUGUUGGAGGAGAAGUUCCGCAACACGAGGGGAAAGUGGCCGAAGAUCGCUCAGCGGCUGGGCAACGGCCGCACCGACAACCAGGUCAAAAACUACUUCUACCAAACAGGACAGGACAGGCCAUGGUCCUGUUGCGACAAGUGUGGACAGUGGCGCCUCCGCGAGAAAGGCACCGUAGUAGUUGAAGGCGCACACUGGACCUGUGCAGACGGGGGUCGGAAGUGCACCGAGCCGUGCGACUCCGUAUUACCCGAGACCGUUGAGGAGGCGCCCGCCGAGGCGCCGUCGGCCGCCGCCGACGAUUCUGAGAGCGAUGACGAAGAGACCCUCGAAGUCAUGAGAGCGCGCGUGCAGCCGCGCCAGGAUGAGUCGUCGUCGGACGAUGAAUCCGACAACGAGGAGCCCGAGACCGUUGAGGAGGCGAGCGUCGAGGCGCCGGCGGACGCCGCCGUGGGCAUGCCGAUGGCGCUAGGCGACGACGACGCUUUGCAGCAGCCGCCGCCGCCCGAUGUAGUAGAACAGACCGCGCCGCCGCCGCUCGAGUCGGAAGAUGAGAACACUCCGAUGACCGAGGCGCCGGCCGCCGACGCGGUGCCGGAGUCCGUAGCGGCCGUGGACGGCGGCGGCUCGGCGCCCUUAGUACAACAACCAGCAGCACCCGUGGCGGCGCCGCCGGCCGACCCUGCUGCCGAGCUCGACGCGUCAUUCGCCGAGCUCAAACUCAAGUUCUCGGUCGGUAAUAGAUCCGACUUUAGGGACGCAUUGGCCGCGUUUAAUGCGAAGGCGCUCACCGCCUAUGACGCCGCCCCUAAAUCGAUGGACAUCUAA